AUACACACCCGUGUUCCAUAUGAUAUAUAUAGCCAAAAAAGAAAGACUCCCAAGCCCGAUCUCUUUUUUUCGUUGGAUAUGUUUGACCCGCUUCGGUUUGCCUACGGUGGUUCCUUCACUUCCCGAGCAUCUAGUUUCUCGGUGCUGCACCACCGACGAGUCGCACCAUGUCGCUACAGGCUGUACCUUCAACGCCUGCAACGAGCCACCAGUUUGGUGGACCAGCGACCACCGCUGCUGAAUACCAAGACCCAGGGCGGAUUCAAUGUCCUGCAGCAGGAUGCCCGCAGCUUUCUGGAUCGGACCAAUGAAAACGUGCGCCUGCUAAUGAAUCUGGCGAAGAUUAAGCGAACUGGCGGCAUCAUUGACUCCAUGGAAGCUCCACCGGUCGUCCCCACAUCGGCUCUUCCCCUGAUGCUGCAAAGGCUGGACUUGGUGGAGCAUCAGAAUCUGUUAUUGGGUCGCCGGCUGAUGAGGAUCCAGGGACGCAAGCGUACUACGAGCCAUCGAAAAUGGCCCAAACGGCCAUCGCUAACGAGUACUGCCGGGUGUCCCAGUGUGAUGACCAAUCGAUCGGUUCUGGCAGAUAGUGAGGUGUUCACCAAGUACAAUGGCUGGGAUCUGGAUCUGCCCACCGACAACUUCGAGCUGAUGCGACUACUCCGGCCCAGAAUUGUGCUGCAUUUCGGGCUGAUGGACGGCAGGCCAUUGGGCCAGGUGGUGGUGCAGCUGUACACAGAGGCUGCGCCGCUGGUGGUGCUGCAGUUCGUCCGCACCUGUCUGGCCCAGAGGUCGCACGAGUUCGCCGUGCGCCGGAUCUUUCCGCAUCUCUGGCUGGAGGGCUAUCUCCUGGGCAGCUGCAAGAGCCCGGCGCGCUCUAUGCCCUCCCUGAAGGAUCCCAUGGAGUUCGAUACGCGCGUGGUGAAUCACGGGCGCUUCGGUUGCGUUUUGUCCUGCGCCAAGGAGUACUGCGUCCGUGGAUUCCCCGGUGGGGCCAUCAAUUUCAGCAUUAGCUUUAAGCGCCUGCCGGUGGCCAAGGGUCAGCGCGUGGGUUUCGGACGGGUGAUACGCGGCGACAAGGUCAUCGAGGCCAUGGAGGCCCAUGGCACCAAAAAUGGCAAGAUCAGCCGGCCAUUGCUCAUCACCCACUGCGAUGCGCUGUAGCAAAAAACAUCGGGUUUUUGGGAUACUUCUGGUCUUAAUCGGCAGAGAACUUCAUCUGAUAUUGGAUGAUACUCUGCGGGGUGAAACCAGAAGUCUUCCAGAGGCUCCUUGAAUGAUUAUGGCCACUGAAGACCCAAAGAAGCUGAAGGAAAUCAGUGGGAUUACCGAUUUACUGUCCUAAGCACCAAAGUUACUUGUGAAAAACACACAUUUCCGUUUAAAUGUUUUUAGUUCUGAUCCCCAAAAGAUAUCCCUUUUA